AACUUUGUCAAGAAGAAUAAGCUCUAUCAGUUGCCAUCAAACAUAAAAAAAGCUCUAGCUCAGUUGAUUGAUGCAUAUGGGGAAACAUACAUAUGUAUGAAUACAUAUAAAAAUAUAAUACGUUAUAUAGUAUAUAGCGAAUUAAAAAUAUUUGUAAAAACCACCAAAGUUGAAACUAAUUGUCCAAGAAUACUGAUACCAAAAACAUUAAGAAAAUAUGAUGGGGCCAUGAGCCCAUCAUUAUUUGAAUUAAAUUGGAGUCGCAAGCGCGUCUCAAGCGGGCCUGCACCAUGCUAGCACCGCCGAACCCGAGGUCAAUAUGCGGCCAGGACCCGGGCUGGUCGUGAUGGCGCUUGCGUUUAUUUCGGGGGCUCGGCGUGGCAGCACCAGCACCAGUUCAAAAUCAUCUUCAUCAACUACAUCGACAUCGUCGACUUUUUUCACCUCUACUCCAUUAGACAACAGCCCUGAACCAACGACACCUUCAUUACUGUUUCCGGCAUAUCUGGGUGGAGGGGGCGUGCCUACGGUAGAAAGUAAAGCCUCUCCAAACCAUCCUCAACAAGAAGCUGAAGGGAAAAAAUAUCACAUAGAGAAUUACAACUAUUUAUAUAAAAGCUUUCUUUAUUUGCCCCCAUUCGCACCGCCGAUAGAGGGAACAACCCACGACGUCCAACAUCUACGGUUAGAAACACUUUCCGGCUUAAAGUCGUCUUCACGGGCUACCAGGCAAACGAGAAUAAUACGUGACCUAACCGAAGACGAAAGUAACCAGAAGAAAGAAAUAGACGGUGGAGGUGGUAACGCUGAUACCAGUGCUGGCAGCAACGUGAGUAAACGAGGAAGCGGUGUUGGAUCCGAAAGCGGCAGCGGGUAUGAUAUCGAGGACGGCCCAACUAGUACGGAAGACAAGACUAAUGAAUUCAAUGAGGCUGCUAGUACCAGCGCCAGUAGAGAUUCUCAAGGGCUUCCCGUAAAGUUUGCUUCCAAUCCAUCGGACGCAUCACAGUCCUUCGACGAGGACGAUAUAUUAGCUCUGGUUGCCGAGGACGAUCUUUUGUCGGAAGAAUCGUUCGAUCGGCUGACUAAAUUUACUAAUGAUAAACUUGGUUACGUCAUUGUGGACGAUUAUGAUGCCUCAAACAAGGACUCAAUUAGUGGUGUGAGUGAGAGCUCAUUAACUAGUGCUGUUGAAGACGAUGAACAACACCCGCAGGACCAUAAUUAUACAGCCAACGAAAGAAAUACUGGCAUUGAGAUUGGUAUCGUAGAAAACGAUGAUUUUCAACACGAGGAAGAACAUGCAAAUGAGAAAAAUGAAGUCAAGAUUAAUGUAAAGACAAACAUCAACCAGUACGCUAAAGAGAACGUUUAUUCGGGGCAGAAGGAAAACAAUUAUAAACUAGCAAUUGGCGACAUUUCAUAUGUGGCAGCGAUAAGUGACAAUGGUUUGAGUCACACUAUUGCGGCGGACAGUGACAUCAGUGUUCCAAAUACCAAAUGGUCGAUAUUCGAAAGCGAGUCGCCACUGACUCGACUUAAUCCUUGGAUAUCAGCCUGUGAUCUAGCACAACCUGGUACAGCACCAGAUUUACAGCCUAAAUAACUCGUGUACAUACAAAUGCGUGUAUAAAGUGUGCUCGAGAAGCAAUUUCCCACAAGGACCGCUUUCUCGCGAUAUUCCCUAAUAUCGUAAAGCUCGUUAUUCAGGGUGUUAGAACCAUUAAAUGUACUCGUCUCCAUUCAGAAAAUAAACCAUGCAUUUUUUCUGUUCCAUUGAGGUCUACAUUGUCUACCGUUCUAAUGAUGAUGAUUUGCAAAUACCAUAUUCUACUGUUCACCAAUCGACCGUGAAAGAUA